AGACGGAUCUGCAGCGGGGCAUGCUGGGAUCUCUACCCUCUCUGGCCAGUGAGGAAGGUCUGUUGUGACUGCGGAGGGCUCUUGGAGGCCGGGGCUCUCUUUUUUGGGUUGCGGCGCGGCAGUCUCGGGAGUGUGCCAGUGUUUUGACUGUCCUACAUUGAAUGAGAUCAGGCACAGAUCCACUUGGGAUAUGUCAGCUCAGAAGGUUUGAGAUCAGGCAUAGAUCCACUGGGAUAUGUCAGCUCAGAGGGCCCAUGCUCUGCCAUGCUUUCCUGUGACAUAUGUGGUGAAACUGUAAACUCAGAACCAGAUAUGAAAGCCCACCUAAUUGUUCACAUGGAAAAUGAAAUUAUCUGUCCAUUUUGCAAGUUGUCAGGUAUAAAUUACAACGAAAUAUGUUUUCAUAUCGAAACUGCUCAUUUUGAACAAAAUGCACCAGAAAAAAACUUUGAGAAGCUAGCUGCAGUGCAAUAUGGAAAUUCAGACCGAAAGAACACCAACCUGCAGAGUACAGCGGAAGUUACUUCAGGCAUUCAUUCAGCUUGUGCAUCUAACUUUCCAAAAGAGUCAUCUGAAAGCCUUCCUAAAGAUAGAACUGUAAAACAUGAAGCUUUUUAUACAGAGAACAUAACUGAAUCUAGAAAGUACCAAAAAAGCAGAGAAAAGAAGUCUGGAUUGUCUGAGGCCCAAGGAUCAAUUUAUGAAACAACAUACAGUCCUCCCGAAUGUCCAUUUUGUGGAAAAAUUGAGGGGUGUAGUCAAGAUAUGGAAAUUCAUGUGAAAACAAAGCAUGCCAGUCUUUUAGAAAGUCCAUUAAAAGACUGUCAUCAACCACUCUAUGACUGUCCCAUGUGUGGGCUUGUCUGUACAAAUUACCAUAUUCUCCAAGAACAUGUGGACUUGCAUUUAGAAGAAAGCAGCUUUCAACAAGGCAUGGACAGAGUCCAGUGUUCUAGUGACAGAGAAUUAGCUCACCGGCUUCAGCAAGAAGAAGACAGAAAGAGGAAAUCUGAAGAAUCAAGACAAGAAAGGGAAGAGUUUCAGAAGUUGCAGCGGCAAUAUGGUUUAGAUAAUUCUGGAGGAUACAAACAACAGCAGCUACGACAUAUGGAGCUAGAAGUAAAUAGGGGAAGAAUGCAUCCAUCUGAAUUUCAUAGCAGAAAAGCUGACAUGUUGGAAUCAAUAGCUAUUGGUAUUGAUGAUGGAAAAACAAAAACUUCUGGAAUUAUUGAAGCCCUCCAUAGGUAUUAUCAGAACACUGCCACAGAUGUAAGGUGUGUGUGGCUUUCUACAGUGGUGGAUCACUUUCACUCAUCUUUUGGGGACAAAGGUUGGGGUUGCGGUUAUAGAAACUUCCAGAUGCUACUUUCAUCAUUAUUGCAAAGUGAUGUAUAUGGUGACUGCUUGAAAGGUAUGGCAGUUCCUUGUAUUCCAAAAAUUCAGUCCAUGAUUGAAGAUGCAUGGAAUGAAGGUUUUGAUCCUCAGGGAGCCUCUCAACUUAAUAACAAAUUACAGGGAACAAAGGCCUGGAUUGGAGCGUGUGAGAUUUAUACACUUCUGACCUCACUGAGAGUAAAGUGCCGCAUUAUUGAUUUUCACAAGUCAACUGGUCCUUUGGGUACACACCCUCGCUUAUUUGAAUGGAUAUUGAACUAUUAUUCUUCAGAGACGGAAGGAACUCCAAAGAUCGUGUGUACAUCUAAACCUCCUAUUUAUCUCCAGCAUCAGGGUCACAGUCGAAUAGUUGUUGGAAUUGAAGAGAGAAAAAACCGAACAUUAUGUUUGCUGGUAUUUGAUCCUGGAUGUCCUUCUCGAGAAAUGCAGAAACUGUUAAAGCAAGAUAUGGAGGCUGGUAGUCUUAGACAACUUCGGAAAUCUGUGGGAAAUCUAAAACAUAAGCAGUACCAGAUAGUAGCAGUAGAGGGUGUUCUUUCCCCAGAGGAAAAAGUUGUAAGUAUUGGGUGAAGUAGUUUAAAAUUUUUAGUUAAAAUUGGUGUUGUUUUUAUCUCCUCAUAACUCAUUCUAAUUCAUGAAAUGACAAAUAUAUUUAUCUUUAAUAUUGAAUUUCUAGAAUAGACAUUUUUAAAGUUAGAUGGCCUUUCAGUUGUUUAACUCAUCUUCAUAAAAAAUUUAAUUUUAUAAUUUAAAUUUAAUUUUUGAUAUUGAGUGAUAAAUAACAACAAUAUGGUUGACAGGCCGCAGAAGUGGCAGAGCAGCUGUGACAGGCCUUUACAGGCCUACAUCUGCAUCCAAGAGGUGGAGCUGAUCCUCAGUCCUCUGUGCACUUACCCUUCCAAAGGAGAGCUUGCCACUGGGGAGUGCUCUAACACCGGAAAACAGAUGAGAUCAUCAUUUUCUCUCCAGUGAGAGAAUAUCAGCUGCAGAAGAUUCCAUAGACAAUAUGGACACAACAAUAAAAGAAAAUGCAAAAUGCAAAAAGAUCCUAACUCAAAACAUUCAGGAAAUCUAGGACACAAUGAGAAGACCAAACCUAAGCAUAAUAGGUGAAUGAAGAUUUUCACCUUAAAGGACCAGUAAAUAUCUUCAACAAAAUUCUAGAAAAAAAUGUCCCUAACCUAAAGAAAGAGAUUCUCAUGAACAUAUAAGAAGCCUACAGAACUCCAAAUAGUUUGCACUGGAAGAGAAAUUCUUCCCAUCACAUAAUAAUCAAAAUACAAAAUGCACACAACAAAGAAUAUUAAAAGCGGUAAGGGAAAAAGGUCAAGUAAGAUAUGAAGGCAGACCUAUUAUAAUUAUACCAGACUUCUCACCGGAGACUAUAAAAGCCAGAAGAUCCUGGACAGAUGUCAUAUAUACCCUAAGAGAACACAAAUGCCAGCCCAGGCUACUAUACUCAGCAAAACUCUCAAUUACCAUAGAUGGAGAAACCAAAGUAUUCCAUGACAAAACCAAAUUUACACAGUAUCUUUACACGAAUCCAGCCCAUCAAAGGAUAAUAAAGGGAAACUACAGCACAAGGAGGGAAACUACAACCUAGAAAAAGCAAGAAAGUAAUCNUUCAACAAACCUAAAAGAAGAUAGCCAAAUGAACAUAAUCCCAAAUCUAACAACAAAAAAUAGCAGGAAACAACAAUUACUUUCCUUUAAUAUCACUCAAUAUCAAUGGACUCAAUUCACCAAUAAAAAAACAUAGACUAACAGACUGGCUAUGUAAACAGCACUCAACAUUUUGCUGCAUACAGGAAACCUACCUCAGGGACAAAGACAAAUGCUACCUCAUAGUAAAAGGUUGGAAAACAUUUUUCCAAGCACAUGGUCCAAAGAAAUAAGCUGGAGUAGAUAUAGAAUAAAAUUGACUUUCAACCUAAAGUUACCAAAAGAGACAGGGAAGGGCAUUUCAUACUCAUCAAAGGUAAAAUCUACCAAGAUGAACUCUCAGUUCUGAACAUAUAUGCUCCAAAUGCAAGGGCAUCCACAUUCAUUAAAGAAACUUUAGUAAAGCUCAAAACACACAUUGCACUGCUCACAAUAAUAGUGGGAGCCUUCAACUUCCCACUCUGACCAGUGGACAGAUCCUAGAAACACAAAUUCAACAAACAUACAAAGAAACUAACAGAAGUUAUGAAACAAAUAGAUUUAACAUAUCUAUAGAACAUUCUAUCCUAAAACAAGAGGAUAUACCUUCUUAGCACCUCAUGGUACAUUCUCCAAAAUUGACCAUAUAAUCAGCAGGCCUCAACAGGUAUAAAAAUGUUGAAAUAAUCCCAUGCAUCCUAUCAGAUCCCCAUGGACUAAGGCUGAUAUUUAAUAACAACAUAAAUAAUACAAAGCCCACAUACAUGUGGAAGCUAAACAACACUCUACUCAGUGAUAACUUGGUCAAGGAAUAAAGAAAGAAAUGAAAGACUUUAGAGUUUAAUGAAAAUGAAGCCACAACAUACCCAAACUUUUGGAACAUAAUGAAACCUGUGCUAAGAGGAAAACUCAUAGCGCUGAGUGCCUCCAAAAAGAAACUGGAGAGAGCAUAUACUAGCAGCUUGACAACACAUUUAAAAGCUCUAGAACAAAAGGAAACAAAUUCACCCAAGACGAGCAAAUAAUUAAACUCAUGGUUGAAAGCAAUCAAGUAGAAACAAAACUAUACAAAGAAUCAAACAAACGAGGAGGUGGUUCUUUGAGAAAAUAUAUAAACCCUUAGUGAGACUAACUAGAGGGCACAGGGACAGUGUCCUAAUUAACAAAAUC